AUGCCGACUCUUGUGUACACACUAGGGGUGAACGGCAAUGGUGUUUGGAAGAGGGUUAAUGUUGGUGAUGAUGUGCACAGUGACACAACAACAAAUGUUUUUCUCAAUGGGAUUAUUCACUGGGUUGUAAUAUCCCCUUAUGUAACUCAGUUUAUAUGUUCCUUUGAUGUGGAGGAUGAAUGUUUUCGAAUGGUUUCACCACCUCUUGAGAUGGAGCAGUCUAUGUGGCUGAAGUGGGGGAUCCAUAUUAGGGUGUUAGGGGGUUGUCUUGCCAUUGGUGAAGAUCCUAGCAACAAUAGAUGGUGCUUUCAUAUAUGGGUAAUGAAGGAUUAUGGUGUCCAAGCAUCUUGGACUAAGGCAUACAAUAUUGAAUCCAAGUGGACCCAAUAUUAA